AUGGUUCACUCUGCGUUCACAGUGCGCAACGCGACGGCGGCGUUCAUCGUGAACCUGUCGCUGGCGGACCUGCUGCUGGGGUGCGUGAACCUGCCGCUGGCGGCGCACACGUUCGCGGCGCGGCGCUGGCCGCACGGCCGCCUGCUGUGCCACGUGUUCUCGCUGCUGCGCUACGCACUCGUCGCCGUCUCGCUGCUCUCGGUGUCGCCAUCGGCCUCAACCGCUACCUGCUCAUCGCCCACCCGCGCACCUACCGCAGGUCGGUCGCCCGCGCCCGCCCCCACCUAG